AUGAUGAUCGCCGCCGAGCAGAUCAGGUUGUUGGACGCCAAAGAGCUGUCCGUGGCCUCUGCGUACAGCGCGCCCGAAGCCGACGAUAUCCAGGCAAAGAUCAAGCUCUUGCUGGAAGGACAGGCGCGCUUCACUGUGUCAGGCGCAGCUCAGAAGAAGCUCCAGAAUGUGGUGCAGCACCGGGAAGACCGAAAGAGAGAGACACUGAUCAAGAUCUCCAAGAGUCGCCCUUGCUGCAACGCCCGGGUGGAGCGCAGCUUCAUCAUCGACAAUGGUGAGCUGCUCGUGUACAGGGAUCAUCAUCCCAACGCAAAAGUCAAGGCAAUUUACAAUCUGAAAAAUGCCACCUGCUUCUACGAAGAGCCGCGGACGUCUUCUCUGCCAAAAUGGCAAGAAGGCUACCAAAUGCGCCUCCGUGUAAUUUGUUCAGAAAGAGAGGCGCAAGGCAAGUCUCCGCCCGGGACCACAGAUCUCCAGGGAAAGGAUGGGAAAGGACUGCUGUUGAAGAGAGCUCUUUUCGCAGGAUAUGGUUUUACAGCGGUGCUUCAAGGUGGGGGUGGUGAUAUGUUUUGUGAUGGAAUGGCCUUUCUGGAGUAA